AUGCCCUAUAAUGUUAUCCCUCAGCUGGAACGAAUUCGAUUGGCCACGCGACUCUCAACAACGCUCCUCUUUUUCCACUCUACUCCGUGGCUGAAGGACACAUGGUGCAGCGAUGAUGUCUUCUUCCAAGGAAUCGACUUUAAGAUGCCUCAGUACCUUCCCGAUUUGAAUGAACCGUACGUCGAUGUCGCUCUCAAGGAUGCUCACGCGCCAGUUCCUCGCACCUCGACCUUACAACGUGGGAACUUUGCUCCGAACCCAUUCCUCUUUGGUCUUGGUGUAAUGCUCCUUGAAGUUUCUUUCGAGGCACCUCUGCGAAGUCUCCAACAGCCAGUCGACAUUCAUACUGGUCAAGAAGACAGAAACACUGAGUUCUUCAGGGCAAAAAGGGUGAGCAAAAGCGCAUCAAGACCCCUAGGCGAUAGAUAUACCAAGAUCGUCAGGAAAUGUUUGAGUUGUGACUUUGGCGAAGGGGACGAUCUGAAUGAGAUACCAUUACAGGAAGCUGUUAAUUGCAGUGUUGUUCAUGAGCUAGAUCUACUUGAAAAGAAGCUUUAUGAGUUUUCUAUCUUGAUGAAUGAAUCAUGUAUCUUACGAGGCUACCAAGAAGAAGGCCUGACUCCUGCCGACCGUCCCUGCCGUGUUGCGCGGGUCAGGCUGCCCGAAAGGGAGUAA